AUGAAAGAAUCAUACAUAAAACCAUUUGUUUCCAGAUAUUUCUCUCUAUCUCUUCUUCUCUCUAUACCUUUCCUCCUAUUUCUUUCUUACAAGGCCGCCACCACCAGCUCCGCCGUAGAGUCACUGCCCUCCUCUGCAGUCCCGGGUCUGAAAAUUCGACCAGGAUACACCUCCUAUGAUUCGUACAUCCAACGUCAGUUGAACAAGACUCUCGACCCGAAACUUAGAAAAAUAUGGACAACCCGGGACUGGAACCGGAAAAUUCAUGUCUUUUCGGCCUUUUUCAAUGAUUUGAAGAAGAAGAAUUUGUUGUUUAAUUCUUCUAAAGCACUCUGUAUUGGGGCCCGAAUGGGGCAAGAAGUGGAGGCUUUGAAAAGGGUCGGGGUAUCGGAUUCCAUAGGCAUUGAUCUGGUUCCAUCUCCCCCGUUGGUUAUGAAGGGCGACUUUCAUCACCAACCAUUCGACGACGAAACAUUCGACUUCGAAUUCUCCAAUGUUUUUGAUCACGCGCUUUACCCGGAUAAAUUCGCGGAAGAGAUCCAACGGACGUUAAAGCCGGGUGGCAUUUGUGUAUUACACGUGGCACUGUCUAGACGGUCGGACAAAUACUCGGCUAAUGACUUGUUCAGUGUAGAGCCGCUCAAGAAGCUAUUUAAAAGAGCCGGGCUGGUACAUGUUCGGACCGUUGACGGGUUUGGGUUGGAUACUGAAGUGGUUUUCAGGAAAAAUAAUUAA